CGGCCGCGCUCCUGCGCCGGGGACUCGCCGCGGCGGGGGCAGUAGUAGUAGUAGUAGCAGCAGCGGCAGAGCGACGGCAUCGCGGGUUGAAGGCGCCGCGGUGGGAACGGCCGCGGCUGGAGCGGCUCCUCCUUUCUUCUCCUCCGCGCUGGGCUGCGCGGUGGCGCAAGUCCCACGCCCGGCUUCUCCUGCCGCCGCGGCGCCCACUGCGGAUCUCGUCAGGGGAGAGCGAGGGACGUUUUGACGCUGCGAACCCCCACCCGGGGCUUUCCUUUUUUUUUUUCCUUUUUCUUUUUAAAUUAUUAUUUUUCGUUCACUUUUUCUUCUCCCUGCUCCUUUCCGGGGUCUUUGCCGGCAAGAAGGACAGCGGUGCCCCUCGGGGAAGCCGGAGCCCUGCGGAUGCGCCUCCCCGGGACCUGGGGAGCUGACUCUCGGAGUGGAUUUAUUGACUCGUGGUUGUUGCCGAGCUCCCCGAAACAGCCCGAGCUGGUGCCUGUGCGGAUUGCAAACUGCAGGGAGCAGUGAGAGACACACAGGAGGAGCUUCCUGACGAGGCUGUUACCCUUACCCCAAUCCAUUUAUUUCUCACACCACCAUUUCUUUUAUUUUACCUUUUUUUUUUUUUUUUUAAUCCUUUUCACGCGAGCCUUAGACACUGUGAACGUUUAUGGCGCACUGGAUCCAAAUGGGAGUUGGCAGUUUGAGUGGCAUCUUCCAAGGCAGCCGGGAGACCCCCAGUAAGAGGAAGGACUGAGGCAUUUGCAUUUUUUGUUGUUGUUAUUGCUGUUUCUUCGGGAGUAGCUUGGAUCUUACCUCGCAGGAGAAUUUCCUACAUGCGAGUGGCAUACAUGACUCAGUAGAUCUGCUUACGUCUCUCACCAAGUGCAUCGUCGACCUUUCGCGUGUAAUUUUUUUAUUAUAUUUUUUUUUCCCCUAUUCAUCGUCCCGGCUGUUGGGAUACCGGGCACCCACCCUGCUGUUGCUGCUCAGGUGCGGGGAAGCCGCACGGCGGAGUUGGCGAAGCUCUGGGGAAGGACUCGGUGCCGCCUGCGACCAUGGCAGCGCGGAGGCGAGACGCCUCCGCCUGGAAGUACUGCUGGGGAGUCGCGAUGGUUUUAUGCAGAACUGCGCUGGCGAGGUCUAUCGUUUUAGACCCCAUAUAUUGGAAUUCCUCCAACCCCAAAUUCCUUCCGGGGCAAGGAUUGGUACUAUAUCCACAGAUAGGAGACAAACUGGAUAUUAUAUGCCCAAAGGUGGACUCUAAAACUGUUGGCCAGUAUGAAUAUUAUAAGGUCUACAUGGUUGAUAAAGACCAAGCAGACAGCUGUGCUAUUAGAAAGGACAAUACACCUCUACUCAACUGUGCCAAGCCAGAUCAAGAUGUUAAGUUUACCAUCAAGUUUCAAGAGUUCAGUCCUAAUCUCUGGGGCCUGGAAUUUCAGAAGAACAAAGAUUAUUACGUCAUAUCAACAUCAAAUGGGUCUUUGGAGGGCCUGGAUAACCAGGAGGGAGGGGUGUGCCAGACAAAAACCAUGAAGAUCCUCAUGAAAGUUGGACAAGAUCCCAACUCAGCGGGGCUGCCCCGGCACACGGAUCCCACCAGGCGCCCCGAGCAGGAAGCUGGCACCAACGGGAAGAGUUCCACCACCAGCCCUUUCGUGAAGGACCACUCAGGGUCUAGCACAGAUGGCAGUAAGGCUGGGCAUUCCAGUAUACUGGGUUCAGAGGUGGCCUUAUUUGCAGGGAUUGCAUCAGGGUGCAUCAUUUUCAUCGUCAUCAUCAUCACUUUGGUGGUUCUUUUGUUGAAGUAUCGGAGAAGACACAGGAAGCAUUCCCCACAACACACGACAACUCUCUCACUUAGUACGUUAGCCACCCCAAAACGCAGUGGCAACAACAAUGGUUCUGAGCCCAGUGACAUUAUCAUUCCUCUCAGGACUGCAGACAGUGUCUUUUGCCCCCACUAUGAAAAGGUCAGUGGCGACUAUGGACAUCCAGUGUACAUAGUUCAAGAGAUGCCUCCUCAGAGUCCGGCAAACAUUUAUUACAAGGUCUGAGAAACACACAACCAGCUCUGUGGUACCGUGGAGUCGUAGAGGAAACUCACUGGUCAAAUGCUUUCUGUUGGGGUUUGUGAUGACGCCUUGUGCGCUGGCAUUGACUCAAGCACGGGGGGGAGAAGGCGACAGCUCUUUCUCUGGGAGCCGACGCGAGCUGGACAGCUUACCUAGUCUGUAGAAUUCCUAUCUUGGUGAAUGAGUAUUCACGAAAAGCUGGAAGACUUUUACGUAGAAGAUGCCCAUUCUGAUUGCUGUACUCUUGUUACAUUCAUCGUCCUCAAAGCCAUGUGCUGUGGGCCUUCAGGCAUGUACAGAAGCCAAGGGAAGAUGGAGUGAUCCGUGGAUGUUAAUCGCUCCAGGCAUCCUGGGAAGGUGCUCUAGGAUAUAUCAAGCUUGAAAUGCAAUCUUGUGACUUUUGUGUGUCUCUCUCAGUGCAUACUGGAUUUGUCACACAGACCUUGGUGUCUAAGUAAGACUUGUUAAAGUUCUCUUGCUUUUAGUCUGUCACUGUUCCAUUUUUUUCUGUUUUCCGGGCUUCUGCCAUCCUUCACAUAAGAUUUCCUUUCACUCCACCUCCUGAAUCACUAAUGGAACAUUAAUGUUUGGAGAUCCGUGCUCCAUCCAUCUGCUAUAGCAGCCUCACUCGAAUGGGUAAUGCGUUUAUAGAAAUUGUGUUUGAUAGUAAGGAGCCUUCCAGCCAAAAAGUUAGGCUGUCAACAAAGUCAAGAGCAGGACUGGGUGGUGGAGGGAAGGGCUGACUGCAGUUGCGAUUGAAUACUGCUGCCUCAAAAAUAGGAGCUGGGAAGAAAAAAAAAAAAGAAAAAUAAAAAAACAACAACAAAAAACAUUUAGGUAGCACAGCACUUUGUUAUGCUAAGUUUUAAGAGGCAAGUAGGAGACACGAUAACACAUGCAGUGGAUUAGGGCUGCAUUUGAAGGAAUUCACGGUUAUCAAAUACCAGUGUGCAGAAAAAAUAGAUUACCUUCAAUACAGUAGAACAAAGGGGUAUUGUUAGUGAGUGAAUAAGCUUGGAGAGGACAAGACAAUAGCAGGCCGCUGAGGAUAUAUUAGGGCAGGGCUGUCGUGGUACUGGCAAUAAAAUAUACAGCUUUGUAGCUGUAGCGAAAAGGUAGUCUGCUUUGGGUGACUUUUAAGCAGACUCAGCUGCUAUGCUAUCGCAUUAUACUGAAUACAGGGAAAGCAUUUGAGAAAAUAGCAGAGAGCCAAAUCUGACCAAGAUGAUUAUAAGCCAACAGGUCAAAUGAGCUGUAAUUCUAUCACUGGUAAAGCUGUGGGGAAAAUAAACAAAAAAAAACAAAAAACAAAAAACAA